AUGGCUCUAAAUGAUUGUUUGCUUUUGAACUUGGAAAUGGACCACUUCUUGCACUGCAACGUCUCCAGUCAAGGUGCAGAUGUCCCCAUGAGCGAUGACUGGUCCCACCCGGGGAUCCUGUAUGUCAUCCCUGCAAUCUAUGGGGUCAUCAUUCUGAUAGGCCUCGUCGGCAACAUCACCCUGAUCAAGAUCUUCUGUAGAGUGAAGGCCAUGCGAAGCGUGCCGAACCUGUUCAUCUCCAGUCUGGCGCUGGGAGACCUGCUCCUCCUGGUAACGUGCGCGCCCGUGGACGCCAGCAGGUACCUGUCUGACAGAUGGCUGUUCGGCAGGAUUGGCUGCAAACUGAUCCCUUUUAUACAGCUCACCUCGGUGGGGGUGUCUGUCUUCACCCUCACGGCACUCUCGGCCGACAGGUACAAAGCCAUCGUCCGGCCAAUGGAUAUCCAGGCCUCUCAUGCCCUGAUGAAGAUCUGCCUCAAAGCUGCAUUGAUCUGGGUUGUCUCCAUGCUUCUGGCCAUCCCGGAGGCUGUGUUUUCUGAUCUACAUCCCUUUCAUGAGGAAAGCACCAACCAGACCUUCAUUAGCUGUGCCCCAUACCCACAUUCUAAUGAGCUGCACCCCAAAAUUCACUCCAUGGCUUCCUUCUUGGUCUUCUACAUCAUCCCACUGUCGAUCAUCUCUGUCUACUACUACUUCAUUGCUAAGAAUCUGAUCCAGAGUGCUUACAAUCUGCCUGUGGAAGGGAACAUACAAGUCAAGAAGCAGAUCGAAUCCCGGAAGCGCCUCGCCAAGACAGUGCUGGUGUUCGUGGGCCUCUUUGCCUUCUGCUGGCUCCCCAACCACAUCAUCUACCUGUACCGCUCCUACCACUACUCGGAGGUGGACACCUCCGUGCUCCACUUCGUCACCAGCAUCUGUGCCCGCCUCCUGGCCUUCACCAACUCCUGUGUGAACCCUUUUGCUCUCUACCUGCUAAGCAAGAGUUUCAGGAAACAAUUCAACAGUCAGCUCCUCUGUUGCCGGCCAGGCCUGAUGACCCGCUCUCACAGCACCGGCCGAAGUACAACCUGCAUGACCUCCUUCAAGAGUACCAACCCUUCUGUGGCCACCUUCAGCCUCAUCAAUGGAAACAUCUGUCAUGAAGGGUAUGUCUAGGUUUGCCCUUGACCCUGUCCCCCUAGGAGUCUCUGGUUGCGCUUUAUGGCUAGUAAAGAGCCCCACGCCUGCUGUUGUCUCUGUACCCUCCAAAGACCCUU